AUGGCUGUCGCCGACGUUGUCGUCCUUGCGGCAACCGCGAUCGUGCCCUACGUGGCAUCGCCGUACGACGUCCGCGCCUUGCUCGUAGCGCUGCCAGCAAACAUGCGGAGUGGGCCACUGGCAGCCCUCCUAACGCUUCUGCAGUCGCCUGCGGCCUUUCUCGAGCAGUGGCCGGUUGUCUGCCUCGAGGACGUUGCGCUGCGCUACCGUCCGUUGGCGCUAUUGGCGCUGCCGGUGCUGCCGUCUAUUGUCAUCCGGCGCUUCCGCGACCUCCCGAUCGUGGGCCGUCGCGAGCUCGUCGCCUUUCUGACAGCAUGGCCGAUCACGUCGAUUCAAGUCUCCAACGACGACGACGGCGACUGGGACGUUGACCUUUUCGCAGCGGCGCUGCCACGCUGCGCACGCCUCGCGCACAUUGGCGUCUCGAUCAGCAUGUUUGCCAGACUCCGCCGCUGGCUACCGCCGAGCGUGCGUCGGGUCACGCUCGCGCGGGACCCGUGGGACAGUACGGUCGACUACACGGAUGCUGUCGACAUGACACCGCUGCUCACGUGGCCCCAGACUGCAACGCUUACUCAUCUGUGUCUGGACUGCGUCGGGUAUUUCGAAAAUGCGCUCGUCGCCAAUGCACUGGCGACCGCACCGUCGCUCCAGUGUCUCGACCUCCGCAGUAUGGAGCUUGAUGGGUCGGACAUCGUCGCUCUUGUCGACGUACUUGUAGCCGCCAAGAUGACGUUGCCGCAUGUGACCGAGCUGCGCCUGGACGGUGUGGACGAGUUGUCGGUUGCAAAAUUGCUGUCGCUCAUCGAUGGACGCCGCUUGACGCGCCUCGACGUCCAUUAUGGGGAAAAUCUCAGCUUCCUCAUCGCGCUGCUGCCAACGCUGCCGGCCCUCGAGACGCUCUGCUUUGGCUAUGGCAUGCUCGAUUUCUUGCCCGCUCCCACUGCCCACAAAUGCCUCCGCCACGUAUCCUUCGACACUUUUAUGCUGGCGACCGAGGAUGUCUCGUUGCUUCUGGACUGGACGUGUGGCCUCUCGCGUCUGGAGCGCAUCUCGUUUUGUAAUUUCACGUUGGGCGAAGGCCCGCGCGCGUCGAUGCAGCGAGCGCUGUGCCAUUGGUUCAAUCGUGCGAGCGUCACGUACGUGCGAUUGGAGCGCUGCGACCUUGACGAGGACGCGGCGGCUGACGUUGCGAGCGCACUCAGCUCUCGUACGUCGCCCUUGGCGCUGGACCUCGUGCAAAAUGGCUUGCUGGGCCAGCGGGAAGUGCGCUGCCUCUUCGACGCACUGGCACCGCUUCCUACGAGCACGCUGCGAGCGAGCAUCGUCGCGGAGCAUCGCGAUGAGAUCGUGUCGUAUGCGCGCCAGCGUGGCUUGAUGGUCGACGACAGCGGUGAUGGCGAGUAUACUUUCUGUAGCGUUGGUCGGGUCCUGUAACAUGACGUCCAUGUAUUCCUGCGUCGCCAAGUAUGCAGCGUUGCCAAGUGUCUUCGCUUCUCGUCGAGCGCUGUACUGUAGCGAUGGGGUAUGUAGCU